AAAACAAAACACGGUAGGACGAAGAUUGGACUAAAAUUGCAGAAAACACGGGUUGGCGUCGACCCGCCUAUUAAAGGAGUAUUUUGUCUCUAAACUCUUUUUAGAAUCUCUCAGGUUUAUUCAUUCUACUCUUCACUUACUCUUACAACUUCCCGCCGAUCGUCAAUUCAACAAAGAUAAAACCCUAAUUCCAUUCUCAAGUUCUUGUUUGUGUAAUGUUAAUGGUGUUAUCAUUAUAGGGGAAUCAUGGUGACGUCCAGAGAUAUUCAGGAUAUCGUCUCCAAGCUUUCAUCAGAUAAAGCAAAAUCUCGAGAAGAAGGGAUUAAGUUGUUAAAUGCAUGGCUAGAAGAAGGCCAAAGGUCUGUUGAAUUUUGUAGAUACAUUGGAGAGGAGACUGCGAGGCUUAAACCAGAUGAAAUUCCUCACUCGGAGACGUGGCCGUUUCUUGUUACAUUGCUUACUAAAUGUGUGUCUCUGGAGAUAUCUGGGAGCAAAAAGCGUUUGCCGAAGUUGAAUGUAGCGAAAACUCUUAGGAUUGUUGUCCAACGAGCAGAAGAUGCUAAGUUCUCAGGCAAAGAUAUGCCUCUACUAUCUGUGGCAAAAUUGCUUUUCAAUCAUGUUUGGGAUGUCCUAAAGGAUACUCCUAGUUUUCAAUCCGAGUAUGGAACUAUUCUCCGGCAUCUUUUGGCAGUGAGAACUUACCGUUUUCACUUGCGGAAGAGGGUUUACUGUUGUUUGGUGCUUCUGUACAUGGAAAAGGUAGAAACAAGUUUACAAGAAAAAAGUGAUGGCCAAAUAAAUCCAAGAGAGGAGGUCUUUCGCUGCAUCAUGACACUUCAUUCUCUUCUUGACAAUCCCCCUGGAGAUUUUCCUGAUACCCUUCAAGAUGAUAUUGUUAAGGGUUUUAUUGGAACUUUUUCUUAUGUAAGGGAUGAAGGGAAGAUUUCACGCAAGUUAAUCGAGUGCAUUAACAUAUAUUUGCUGAAGGAUGGCCCAAAUUUAGGUCCUAAAUCUCUGGAAAUCCAUGAUGCUCUGCAACAUUUUGUCUUCCGAUGUUGGAUGACAACUCGUGAUCGUGGCUUAAAGGAUUCACUUGUUCUUUAUGCAAGGCUACAACUAAAUUUGAUGAGAGAUCUUGCUGAUGGGAGCUCUUUGUUAGAACAACUUCAGGAUGUACUAGGGAAGGAAUUAGAUCAAAUGAGCAGUUGCAACAUCAAUUUACCCUGGAAAGACACAACUAGGGAUGACAAAUGUGGAAGCCUGACAAGCUCUCAAUGCGGUCUUAUGGAGCUUGCAGCACUUGUCUUUUGCCGGGCAUGUGUAAACACACCUAUGGCAUCGCCAUCUGAGAAACGAAUUAGAAGGGAACACGUUGUAGUCCAGAUAAGGGAAAGACUCUCAGGUGGAAAGUGGCCAUGGCAUGCAGUUUUCUGUUACCUCAUCCACAAUUAUCAUGAUCGCUUAAAGAAGGAUCUGUUGAUCUAUUGGUUUGAAGGUAUAUGUUCAAAUUUUGAAAGGAUAAUAAAUGAUGCAAACAUGGAGCAUAGUUAUGUAGGUCUCCUGUGGACAUUGAGGAGUCUUCAAGGACUUUCUUUGAUGCUGCUAUUUCCUGUUCCAGCACUGCGAACUUCAUCCGAGUUGUCUUCCACAUUGAGUGGGGUUGAAACAGGUUGGAAUACGAUAUGGAACUGUGUUAUUGGUGGUCUGCCCACAUUCAGUACUUUUAAGGCGGUUGUGGAUGCUGCAUUAAUGUUACUUAGAAACUUAAUACUCAAUGAUACAACAAAUGCAUAUCUUGUGCCCCAAGACUUGUGGGAUCUUCGAUUACUUAAACGCGUGCCAUCAAUAUCUGUUUUGUGCUUCAUUUCAUGUUACUUUUCAAGGAAAGGCUACCAAGGUGAUCUUAGAGACACUUUAUAUUUGAGGCAAAAUCUUUUGAGAGCUAUUUUAGCUUUUCCUUUCUGGAAGGAAUGUUCAAUGUUGAAUAAACAUCUGGUUGCAGUAUUGCCAACAGCAGUUUAUGCUCUCUGUACUGGUGGUACACCAUUGCUAGAUAAAGGACUACCACCAUCACACUACGUUCCUGAAACUAUGAAUGAUGUGAAGGUCGAGGAUCACACACAUGAAAGUGUGCAUGAUUUAUUUGAAUGCUCUGUUGAAGUUCUUGCAAGAAUUGGCCAGGAAUCUGUUCUGGAGGACGUUCAACCACCUUGUUGCCAAAGCUUACGUCUACCCCGACAGAUCAGAGAUCCACUUUGUCAUGAAGUCGAAAAUCACAUUCUUGAAAUUAUUAAAGAUGAAGAACAUGAAAGGAUGCUUCUAUCUGAUGUCAUCUUCCUCUGUGCUAUUUUAUCAAACUUCAUGUAUUGUUCAUAUAGUACAAGAAUAGGAGAAGAAAUUGUGCCUUGCGUUGCCACGCUGAGUCAAUACGUGUCGAAGUUGUUGGAUCGAGCUGCUUGUAUCUUAGAGAAGAGUUAUGACGACCUUGUUUGUGGUUUGUUGGGUUCAAGGUCAAUAUUUGACACAAUUGGUACCAUUCGUGUGUCCUUCGAAAGUUUUCUAUGCUCCCCAUUGUUUAAUGAGAUGCAAGCCGGCAACAACAUAGACAUACUAACUGCAAUAAUCCAAUCUGUGGAGAGGCUUCUGAAAGUUCUUGCUAAACUGUAUGAAGGAUCCUCAAGUAGUGGAAGUAAUAUUCAUUCAAAGAAGGGUGACCUUGGCUCUUCUGCAUCUGUUUCUAGUCACGCUUCUCAUCCAGUAAAUAGCCGUACUAGUUUGAUCAUAGACAUGGAGUUGGAUGUGAACAUUGGUUCUAAAGAUACCGACUCUGUGAACAUUGGGGGAAAAGCUACUGCCGAUAUAUUGGUUUCAUCUGUAAAUCAGAGAAUUGAAGUCAUAUCAAUCAUCACAAAACUCUUUUCAGCUUUACCAUCUCAUACAUGGGAUGUCAUGUUUGAGCUCAUGGAGAAAGAAAGUGAUCCAAGGGUCUUGGAAUUAAUCAUACACAGCCUUUGUCAACAUCCUCAUUGGUCUUCCAGCAGAAAGUUCUUAAAUUUUAUUACAUCCUUAAAUGAAUUCCUAGACAUACAGGCAAAUCUCAAGGUCCAGUCUCUGAAUGUGCUAGCUGCCAUCUGCAGUUUGUUGGAGAGUCUCUUAUCCUGUGAUGGUGUUGCAAAGCACCCAAAGAGAACUCUGUCUUCACGGGAAAAAUUGUCUGAAGAGGGUUUGAUUUCUCUUGGAGACUUGCUGAACAAAAUUGCAGACAGUGACCUCUUUGAUUGGGUUGGACGGACUAAGCUUAUUGAUUGCAUUUGCAAUUUCAUUUUAGUGGAUCCUCAAACUGGUCAGUCCAUGAUUGAGAAGCUGUUGCUGAUGCUUCACGAUCCAGAUUAUCGAGUUAGGUUAUGCUUUGCUCAACGGGUUGGUGUGCUUUUCCAAACUUGGGAUGGUCAUUUUGAACUGUUCCAGGACAUAUGUUCGAAUUUUGGUACAAAGCUUGUGACUUGCUCCAGAGAUAAACUGGUGAUGGCGAAGGAAGUUUUAGCUGCUGGUCCUCAGCCUCGUACCAUAUUGGAAACAACAGUUGUAACCCUAGCUCACCUUGCACUGCACAGUGAAAAGAUUGAAUUGGAGGCUGUUUUUAUGGUAUGCGUUAUUGCUGCUAUUAACCCUUGUUUAAGGAGACUUGUUAUUGCUUCCCUUGAUAAUCUAUCAAGGGAGUUAAAGUAUACUUCUAGGUCAAAGUAUAUGGAAGAACUUAUGGCGUCGAUCCUCUUUAGUUGGGUUGCUACUGGUGUAAGUUUAGCUUCUCUUCUUGAGGCAAGGGAUCUGUUUGUCUUCAAUGUAGAGCCUAUCAAUUUCAUUCAUUCCUGCUGCCGUUGGCUUCUUCCAUCUUUACUCUUGCAUGGUGACAUCUCCAACAUGAAUUGGAUUGCGAAGGUUGCUUGUGAGCCUCUUGCUGAAAUGAUUAAGAAUCACUUUGUUGAUAUUUUCUCUGUUUGUAUUGCAUUACAUUGCAGUAAGAAGGCUGGUUGGGAGAAGGGAUCAGCGGUACUUGAAAGUUCAAUUCUGGAUAUUGCUAAAAUAUCUGAAACUGAAAGAGACAAACUUAUAAAGACGCACAUGGUUUCAAUCGUCAAUACUAUUUUCUCUCUUGCUUCAACAGCUGAAGACCCUGUUCUACCUUUAUUCUCCAAGGAGACAAUAGCACGUGCAAUUAAGACAGUUGUGGAUGGAUUUUUGGAGAUGGACGCCUCUUCUCAAAAUAUUGGUCUUAUUGACAAGAUUAACGUCUUCCGACCAGAUCGAGUAUUUACGUUUAUAGUAGAGAUGCAUUACAAAGUUUCUGCAGCUGGUCAUUUCAGGCAUAAAUCUUACAGGCUUGCUGGGAUUGAAGUGCUUAUUGAUGUAUUAGGGCAUCGAGUUACAGUUCCUAGUACAGCCAGUUAUCUCCUCAACUUGAUUGGUCAAUGCUUGGACCUUGAUGCUUUGCUGGACCAGUGUUGCCGAAUGAUUUCUUCAUUGUUAAAAGUAUUCAAAAUCAAGCAAUUGGAGGGAACUGCUAUUGUCUUAGGUGAACAGCUUCAGUUCUUAAUUUCCAAGUUGGUAAUGUGUUGCGUUCCUUCUGAGUCUAGUUCCAAAGUGUCAGCUGCCACAUCAUCUCAAGUUCUGUCACUGCUCUGCCAACUCACCUUGGACUCUGAUCCAUCUCUGCACGAGUACAUUAAAGAACUAGAGCCCUUCCCUAACCUCGACUUAUUUCAUGAUAUAAGGAUGUUUCAUAAGGAACUAUGCCAAAAUUACUCACCUAUGGAGCACUUGUUAACUUUAGGGAAACGAUCUCGUUACCUUCCGCCAAGAUUACUUCUCUGGAGUUUAAAAGCAUUACACAAGAAAUUAUUUGAAGAUGAAGCUUACCCAGCACAAAAGAAUGAGGAGAACAUUUUUGAAGAUGCAUAUUUGGAUUCUGACCAUGAAAUUGUUCAUACAGUCUGGAAUCUGGUGCACAUAUGUAGUUUGAGUGGUGCUGGCAAUUUUGGUGUGCUGGUCUCUGAUUUUUUAUCUCGGGUUGGUAUCGGCGAUCCCCAUGGUGUUGUGUUCCAUCUUCCUAUUGAGUCUAAAUCUCUACAUAAUCAUAAUUUCCACCUUGGUAUGAGCAUAUCAGAUGAACUUCUGGUGGCAAUUAUGAGGCUUUUAAAGAAAUAUUUGAUGGAUGACUCCGUAAAGAUAAUUGACAUGGCAUCUCAAGCUUUGCGGGUUCAUUCAAAGGGUGUCAAUAUCAACCUGGUUCAGAAACUCCUGGCAGAUUUAGAAAGGAAGCUUAACGCUAAGGCACUUUCCCUAAAGAAUUCUGCUAUAUGGAAGACUGAUGGAAAAACAUUCGAGACAUGGAUUUGUCCUCUUGUUUGUGCCCUGAUUGAAUAUUGUGAUGAUAAGAUCCUAAGAUUGUGUCAAGAUAUUGUGUUGGUGAAAUCUGAAGUUGCAGAGCUCCUGUUCCCCCAUGUGAUGGUCAAUUUAUCGAGUAGAAAAGACGUAGAUGUUGAUCUUUGUCAGCUGAUCUCCUCACAGGUGCAAGAGAACAUUCUUACCGAGGACAAUAAGUUGACCAAAUCAAUUCAAGUUAUCUUAGAUGCUCUUAAUGAGCUUCGAUUGUGUCACGUGAUGGAAAGAGGCACAUCCUCUAAUUCCUCUAAGCGAGAAAUUUCAAAGCAAUAUGGAAGGCCUUCUAGCUAUGGAUCAAAGACACGCUCCACGCCUCUGAAGGCAAAGCAUCAGACAAUUACUUCAUCUGUAGUAUCACUGUCCACAUUAUCAUGGGAAAAGGUUUAUUGGAUUCCUAUGGAUUAUCUUGCUGUUGCAAAGUCUGCAAUUGCUUCUGGCGCUUACUUUACUGCUGUUCUUUAUGUGGAACACUGGUGUGAAGAGAAUUUCAAUUCUUUGACAUUGGGCACUCCAGAUUUCUCUCAUGUUGAGAUUCUGCCGCAACACAUUGAAAUACUUUUAUCUGCAGUGACACACAUAAAUGAACCAGACAGCCUCUAUGGAAUCAUCCAAUCCCACAAGUUGACCUCUCAAAUUAUCACAUUUGAACAUGAAGGAGAUUGGAGUAAAGCUCUUGAGUACUAUGAUUUACAAAUUAGAUCUGAUCCAGUAGCUCAAAGACACAGUUAUUCUCCUGAAAAUAUUCUUCAUUCAUCUGGUUCAGUAAUAGAUCAGAUGAUCGAAAAGAAACCAUAUAAGGGCCUUAUUAGAUCCUUGCAGCAAAUUGGUUGCACUCAUCUUUUGGAUGUGUACUGCCAAGGAUUGACCUCUCAAAAGGGAAGGUUUCAACAUGAUCCAGAGUUUGCUGAACUGCAGUAUGAAGCUGCUUGGCGUUCUGGAAAUUGGGAUUUCUCACUACUUUAUGGUGAAUCUAAUGUCCUCUCAAUUCAGCAUGGAGGAGACCAUUUCAAUGAAAAUCUCCACAGCUGUUUGAGAGCAUUGAAAGAGGGAGGCUUCAAUGAAUUCCAGAUAAAAUUAAAAGAUUCCAAGCAGGAUCUUUUGCUGUCUAUCUGUCAUGCAAGUGAGGAGAGCACCAAAUACAUUUAUCAAGCUAUAGUUAAGCUUCAGAUACUUUAUCACCUCGGUAUGGCAUGGGAUUCACGUUGGACUUCAUCUUGCAGAAUGCUGGAUUCAUUGAAGAUGCCGAAGGUUUCAUCUAAACCUGUGCUCCUAUCAAGUGCUGAGUUAACAUGUCUAGAUAUGGACUGGAAGCGCACUUUAAAGCAAGCACAGUUACAUAUGAAUUUGCUGGAGCCAUUUGUGGCAUUUAGACGAGUAUUGCUUCAGAUUUUAAAUUGCCAGAAUUAUACUGUACAACAUCUGCUCGAAUCUGCAGCUACUCUCCGCAAGGUGUCUAGGUUUUCGCAGGCUGCUUCAGCUUUGCAUGAAUUCAAGUUUCUUUGUGCAGAAGUAGGAGAACAUUCCAAUCUUUACUGGCUUGGACGGCUUGAAGAAGCUAAGCUUCUGCGUGCUCAAGGCCAACAUCAGAUGGCAAUCAAUCUUGCGAAGUAUAUUUCACAGAACUACCAGAAGAACGAAAACACAUCUGAUGUUUUCCGGUUAAUUGGGAAGUGGCUGGCUGAAACACGAACAAGCAACUCAAGAACUAUACUAGAGAAAUACUUGAAGCAUGCAGUCUCUCUUGCUGAUGAUUGCAUGGCAAAAGGAAAGGUUUCCACCACAAAACGAAGCCAAAUGCAUUUCCAUCUUGCACACUAUGCAGAUGCUCUUUUUCAUAGUUAUGAAGACAGACUUAAUUCCAGUGAAUGGCAGGCAGCAAUGCGCUUAAGAAAGCACAAGACAAAAGAGCUGGAGGCAUUAGUUAAACGAUUAAGAAGUUCAACAAAGGGAGAGAAGACUGAAUGCUCUGCAAAAAUACAAGAGUUGCAGAAGCAGCUAGCAAUGGACAAAGAAGAGGCUGAAAAGUUGCAGGAAGACAGGGACAACUUUCUAAGCACCGCGCUUGAUGAGUAUAAACGCUGUUUAGUCAUUGGAGAUAAAUAUGAUGUCAGGGUGGUAUUUCGACUUGUUUCCCUGUGGUUCAGUCUCUCAAUUAAACCAAUUGUCGUGGAUAGCAUGAACAGCACGAUACGUGAGGUUCAGUCUUACAAGUUUAUACCACUAGUAUACCAAAUUGCUUCCAGGAUGGGAAGCACAAAAGAAGGUCAGGGAGCUCAAAAGUUCCAGUCAGUUUUGGUUUCUCUCAUUAAAAGACUGUCCAUUGACCAUCCAUAUCAUACAAUAUUUCAGCUUCUAGCUUUGGCAAAUGGUGAUAGAAUCAAAGACAAACAACGCAGCAGAAGUUCUUUUGUGGUUGACAUGGAUAAAAAGGUUGCUGCAGAAAAUCUGCUGAAGGAGUUAUCUUCGUAUCAUGGAGCGGUCAUCAGACAGAUGAAACAAAUGGUUGAGAUCUACAUUAAACUAGCUGAACUAGAAACAAAGAGGGAGGAUACUAACAAAAAGGUUAAUCUUCCGAGGGAAAUUCGCAGCAUCCGAGAGCUUGAACUUGUUCCUGUGGUAACAGCCAAUAUACCAAUUGACCCGAGUUGUCAAUACACUGAAGGAUCAUUUCCACACUUUAAAGGAUUGGCAGAUUCUGUGACUGUAAUGAAUGGUAUAAAUGCUCCAAAAGUUGUUGAAUGUUUCGGCUCCGACGGCAAAAAAUACCGACAACUUGCGAAAUCUGGCAAUGAUGACCUGAGACAAGAUGCUGUGAUGGAACAGUUCUUUGGCUUAGUUAAUACUUUCUUACAGAAUCAUCGGGACACUUGGAAAAGAAGGCUGAGAAUUCGCACUUACAAGGUUGUACCUUUUACUCCAAGUGCGGGUGUUUUGGAAUGGGUGAAUGGCACUGUUCCACUCGGUGAAUAUCUUAUAGGCAGCACUAGAGAUGGAGGUGCCCAUGGACGCUAUGGAGCAGAAGACUGGACAUUUAUGAAAUGCCGGCAACACAUGACUGUGGAAAGUGACAAGCGGAAGGCCUUCCAGGAAGUCUGCGUUAACUUCAGGCCUGUUAUGCAUCACUUUUUCUUGGAGAGAUUUUUUCAUCCAGCUGACUGGUUUCAAAAGAGGCUUGCUUAUACCAGAAGUGUGGCUGCGAGUUCGAUGGUUGGAUACAUUGUUGGGCUAGGAGAUCGGCAUUCCAUGAAUAUCCUUGUAGAUCAAGCCACUGCAGAAGUUGUUCACAUAGAUCUUGGGGUUGCAUUUGAGCAGGGCCUUAUGCUGAAAACUCCUGAAAGGGUACCCUUCAGGCUGAGUAGAGACAUAAUAGAUGGCAUGGGCAUAACUGGGGUGGAAGGGGUUUUUAGAAGAUGCUGUGAGGAAACCCUGUCUGUUAUGAGGACAAACAAAGAAGCAUUGCUAACCAUUAUCGAGGUCUUUAUCCAUGACCCUUUAUACAAGUGGGCUUUAUCCCCUCUGAAGGCUUUGCAACGUCAGAAGGAAACUGAUGAUGAUCUGGAAACCAGUUUGGAAGGCUCUCAACAAGAUGACUAUGAGGGGAACAAGGAUGCUGCUAGAGCCUUGAUGCGUGUUAAACAAAAGUUAGAUGGAUAUGAAGAAGGUGAAAUGAGAAGCGUUCAUGGACAGGUUCAACAACUCAUACACGAUGCUAUUGAUGCUGAUCGUUUGUGUCAUAUGUUUCCUGGAUGGGGAGCUUGGCUAUGAGAGCUUACAAACAGUAAGAGCUCUGGUUUAAAAUUUUGGUUUUUUUUGUUACUUUUCCUCUUAGCUUUUGUGAGUGUAAAUUUUCUGCUUGAUCUUAGGGUUAUUUAUUGGUGUAAUUAGUGUCACUGUAAUUAACACUCCUGUAAAUACAUCAGCAGCACUGUCAUUUCUUCUAAUCAUUAGGAGUUUCAGCCUUCAAAUUCGAUUCUUCCCGAUGUAUGUACAGCUUAAUCUUUAUUAUCUGUAUGAAAAGAAAAAAAAAAGAGAGAGAACCAACUCUUUUUUACAGCUUGAA